GAAGUCUUGGGUGCUCUACCCUCUUGCAAGAGGAUACCCCAGAGAAGGUUUGGAAACCCAUUCUUUGAGCUCUGAUACUGUUUGCUUGAGGAAAAUCAGCUUUGCCUGAGAAGGAUGAGCAUUACUUCAGGAAAGUCCACAGUUUUAUGUAUGAGCCAGAUGGAGGCUAACCUGUCUGGCUUUAACAUCGAUGCCCCCCGUUGGGACCAGUGCACUUUCCUGGGGCGGGUGAAGCACUUCUUCAAUAUCACAGACCCCCGCACUCUCCUGGUACCAGAGCAGGAGCUGGACUGGGCCAAGGUGAUGGUGGAGAAGUGCAGGAUGGGGGUUGUGCCCCCAGGCACCCAAGUGGAGCAGCUGCUCUAUGCCAAGAAGCUGUAUGACUCAGCCUUCCACCCUGACACUGGGGAGAAGAUGAACGUCAUUGGGCGGAUGUCCUUCCAGGUCCCUGGUGGCAUGAUCAUCACAGGCUUCAUGCUCCAAUUUUACAGGACAAUGCCGGCGGUGAUCUUCUGGCAGUGGGUGAACCAGUCCUUCAAUGCUUUAGUCAACUACACCAACAGGAAUGCAGCUUCCCCUACCUCAGUCAGGCAGAUGGCCGUUUCCUACAUCACAGCCACAACCACUGCUGUGGCCACUGCUGUGGGCAUGAACAUGUUGACAAAGAAAGCUCCACCCCUGGUGGGCCGCUGGGUACCCUUUGCUGCAGUGGCUGCUGCUAAUUGUGUCAACAUCCCGAUGAUGAGACAGCAGGAACUCAUCCAGGGCAUCUGCGUGAAGGACAGAAAUCACAACGAGAUCGGUCAUUCUCGGAGAGCUGCGGUCCUAGGCAUCACCCAAGUGGUUAUUUCUCGGAUCACCAUGGCAGCCCCUGGCAUGAUCUUGCUGCCAAUCAUCAUGGAAAGGCUGGAGAAACUACAUUUCAUGAAGAAAGCCAAGGUCCUGCAUGCCCCAUUGCAAGUGCUGCUGUCUGGGUGCUUCCUCAUCUUCAUGGUGCCUGUGGCAUGUGGGCUCUUCCCACAGAAAUGGUAUUGGCUCUUCUCGCUUUGUUUUACUGCACGUCCUGUCCCUGCUCUCGGUGACCUGGUUGCUGUCCUGAAGAGACAGGGAGGGAUGGGGGGACAGACAGCAUUUGUCCAAGGACAAGUGCCUAUCAGCGUAAACUCUGGGCCUCUUAACCCCUGCGAAUUGCCAGCUUCCUGUCUGGAACCAGAGCUCCAAGACACCAUCAAGGCCAAUUAUGGAGAAUCUGUGCCUUAUAUCUACUUCAAUAAGGGUCUCUAAAUGCCCCCCACCCCCAGGCCUCCAACAAGGACCAGUCUAUACCCACACUCACCAGCUCCUCCCAGCUCUGCGCAUAACUGUGCCCUCAUUCCUCUUUGCCAGAAGGGCCUGAAUGCCAGGGUGGGUUUGGGGCAGGAAGUGCCUCUGGCUUCCACCCAGGUACCUAGUUUACUGGACUCCAGGGGAUAAAAGCUGACAGUGGGAGCAGCGACCAAGUCUUCUGUCUGCUUCCCCCCUUAGCCCCAUCCCCUGGAGACCAGGAGCUGAGACCCCCUCAGGGAGAAGUUGCAGGGACCUGCGGGGACACUCAAGCAAACUGGAAAAAUUAGGAAACCUAUGGGAUUCUGGUUUCAGCCAGGAUUGGGGAAGACCUCCUGGGACCAAGAGAAGUUCUACCCCCUUUCCUCCUCCCUCCCAUUCCUCUCCCAAGCUGUGGGGCCUUUUACUCAGGCAGCUCUAGCUAACACAGGAAGCGGGAGGGAAGAAUUCUGUCACUCUGGGCUCUGCUCUUCCCCAUUCUCCUCCCCAAAGCUCUCUCAUCAGAAAGUAUGUUUGGGAGUGCUGUUAAACUUUUUAUCAGGAGCCCAGGAGCUCUUCAUACUAAAAAGGACCUUAUGUGGGGCAGCAAAGUUUCAUGGUGCUUCAAACCCUGUCUGUUGACAGUGACUUGUUUUCCUGCCCUCUGAUCGGGUCUGAUUUUAUCUUCCUGUAUUUAAAAGGUAAAUCCACUAACUAUGAGUAAAAAGGAUGCAUGUAGGCAUUAACUACACAUUUCAGUGGGUGUAAUUUCCUGAGUGCCUCCCUGCCUCAUACUGGGUUAAACACCAAGGGAAGAGCAGUGUGUACAGAGUAGGACAGGGACGUUUUAUUUGGACACCUCUGAGUGGAAAUCAAGCGGGACCAAAGAGCCUUAAAGGACACACAGCAGAGCACAGCCGCUGCCCUUCCAGCUUGGCUGUUCUAGGUGAUUUCUCAAGCUUCGGGGGUGGGGUGAGGGACUGUUGUGGCUACCUGGGGCCAAUGUCUAUGAGUUUUGCCCAGUAGACUUGACUGACUUUUCAAAGAAUAUCACUGUGAAUUAAAUAAAUUUCUUGAAAGAGCACAAUGAAA